CAUUUUUUCUGGGGUCACAAAAUCCACUAAAGAAUGUAACCAUUUCAUCAACAAACACAAAUCACGACUUCUUUUUCUUUCUAACAACGAAAAUAACCACCCCCUAGUGACACUCGUCGUAACGUUGGCACCCCUUUCAUUGAAGAUUUAAACUUCACCAUGUGCGUGCAUCCAGCCCUCUAGAAUCACGAUAAUUUCGUAUUCGACGCCACGUAAGUCCCCAAAAUGCCGAAAAGGAAGCCCCCUCAGCCCGAGCAACCCUCCAAGAAGCCGAAACUCGCCCCGGAAGAGUCACCCCCGGCACCUGCUCCCCUAACCAAACGCCUCCACCACCCCCAAAAAGACACCAUCGCGUGGCCCAACGACGACAUCCUGGAACUUUUGACCAAAAUUGAAGCCAACUUGCCCCAAGACGACAACCUGAAGUACUGUCGCCGGUUGGAGAAGCUCGACUGGGAAGUCAUACCCUUCAAAAGCCACUCGAUUGAAGCUUGCAAGAACACUUGGUCUGCGUUGUACAGACAGGUGAGGAAGUAUCGCCUCCUCCGUGAGGUAGUGACCGACAUGAAGGAGAUGAUCGGGGCACGUAAAGUAAGCAAGCACCCCGAGAAGCCCAAGCAGCCCUGGAACAGCUACAUGUUUUUUGUGGAGGAGAAGCGCCCGGUUGUCGUUAACGCAAACCCCAACCUGCACCCGCACCUAAUUUCGAAGAAAUUGGGGCAGAUGUUUAAGGACUUGUCGGGGGUGGAGAAGGAGAGAUACGAGACUUUGGCUAAAGCCGCUAGACAGGAGUAUACAGAGAAGUUGCACAGGUUUUAUGAGGAGCACCCGGAGAUGAUUCCUAAGAAGACGAAGCGCAGCAAGCCGGUGCAGUUCGAGGAGGGGCGGGGGCCCCCGCAGAAAGCCAAGACUCCGUUUGAGUUGUAUGUGACAGUGGAGAGCGAAAAGGAGGCUAGUGAUGUUCCUAAUUUCAUUGUGAUGAAGAAAUGUAGAGAGCAGUGGAACGAAUUGAGUGAUAAGGAGAAGUUCUUUUGGAUUAAUUGGGCUGAUGAGUUGUAUAGUAAGUAUUUGGAGGAUUUGAAGGAGUAUGUGAAGGAUCAUCCGGAAUACACGCCGGAGAAGAUUAAGCCUGUUAUUACUAAAAAAGAGAGGAAGAUUAAGGAGCGUUGCUCGGGAAAGCCUGAUAAGCCCCCGCAUGGUUCGUACCAUUUGUUUUCUAAGAUGAUCCUCGAGAGUGAUGAAGUGAGGAAUAUUAAUAGUAAGGAUCUGAUGAAUUAUGUGUCGGAGAAGUGGAGGGCGUGUUCUGAUGAGGAAAAGAAUGAGUAUAAGGUUAGAGUUGAGCAGCUAUGGGAGGAUUAUCAUCAGAAAUUGGAGGAGUAUUUGAUGACGUUGCCGCCUGAAGAUAGAGAUAGGAUUCGGGAGGAGGAAAGUAGGAAGAAGUAUAGAAAUGAAGGGAAGAGUCCUGUUGCCAAAAAGCCGCCUCCUGUUAAAGUCUCAAAGCCGGAGCUGCCUCCCAGUACUUUAUUUAAGUAUUUUUUGAAAGUCUACACAGGUGACGAAGAUGCUACUACAGUCUGGAAAAAACUGACCCGCGAAGAAAAACAGCCUUACGAACAGAAACUGAACGAAGAGAGACAAACCUACAUCAAAGACUACGAAGCAUACUUAAAAACCUUAAGUAGAGAAGAACUCGAGAAACUCGGUCAAUCCCUGACCAAUCAAUACUCGAGUGAGUCAGAGUCGGAAUCGGAAACCUCCACCGAAACCAAUUAAUUUAUUUUGUUCUUGUUUUUUGAAGUUGUAUUUUUUCUAAAUAUUAAAGUUCUGUUACGUCA